AUGGAGGAACUCGCAGCUCGAUCUACAGACACAUCAGAACGCACUCUGCGGGUUGAUCAUGCAAGACAGGAGGUCGCGAGGAGGUGCAUCCGCGAGCUCGUCUCUAUCAUCGAUGCCUACAUGGCCAUGUGUCAGGGCUCACGGCAUGACGUGCAGGAGAUCAUCGACCGCUCGUGCGUUGAAGGCGAUGCAACGCUAGAUGACCUGAUAUUCCGCAUGCGAUCGACGCUGGAGGAGAACGCCGAGUUCAUCCGCACCGUCCUCGAGAGGAGGCAACAGAACUUCAAUAUCCCAGACUUCCUCUUCCCAGCCGUCGUCAAUCCCUAG